AUGGAUUCGUACAAAACCUUAGUGCGAAACCUUAAGGCUCCGUAUUUUGCGGCGAACCUUUAUUGGGACCGUGCGAAACUUAAAAAGCUGCGUCGUGUUCCACGUUUUAAUCCCCUAUGGCACGAGCUCUAUGUUUCGGAAGACAUUUCACAAAUCAAUGCAACCACUGAUGAAUCGACUCUUCAAUUUCUGCAAAUGUCGUCAAACUCAAACCCAAAUUAUUCAGUUAAAAAACAGAGUAGAAACUAA